AUGCUUUCGCUAUGGCUUGCCUCUAGCAUCGUGCUCUCAGUGGCUGCCUUGCCACCGACGACGGGAGCUGUCUCUUCUCUUAAUGCUGCUCUCGAAGGGGUUGGCGCUGUGUUUAACGAGCUCGAAUGCUCUCUCACCCCAAUAAUGCCUUCGACUUAUUGGUAUGAAUCCAUCACGCAUAAUGGUAUAUCUCCAUUCAUACCUAACGGAACGGACUGGCCAGUCUUUCGGAAUGUGAAGACUAUGUUUGGGGCUAAGGGCGACGGUGUUACCGACGACUCUGACGCUUUUCAGAACGCAAUCAACGCCGGCAAUAGUUAUGCGCAGAGGAACACGAAUGAUCUUGGAACGACCGGCCAGCCAGCUGUGGUCUACCUUCCAAAGGGCGUAUACGUGCUAGCUAAGCCGAUACAAUUCUUUGUUGGAAUGAUAUUGAUGGGAGACCCCAUAAACCCGCCGACAAUCAAGGCAGCUGGUAACUUCAGCGGUGAUUUCAUGAUCUAUGCGAAAGACCCUUCUCAGGGCUCGACCACGAACUUCUAUGUCGGGAUGAAGAACGUUAUUCUCGAUUCGAUGGACUACGACAAGGAUAAGAAUCUCACGCUGGUGGAUUGGAGUGUUAGCCAAGCAUGCCAACUCGCCAACGUACGAUUCGAUAUGCCCUACGAAUCUACCGGUCACAUAGGUGUCGCAAUGCCGGAGGGUGGUUCCGGGCUGAUCUUAGAGGAUUUAUAUUUCCAUGGCGGUGUUGUGGGUAUUUUGCUGAGCAACCAGCAGUAUCAUCUCAAGAGCCUCACUUUCGACGGCUGCAGAACCGGGAUUUCAGUCCAACACUUAUUUAUGGGACAUUGCCAGGGAUGUAAAUUCACGCUUUGCGGCAUUGGUGUUGAUACUUCAAGCCCCGGAGACGGUAUCAAGAAUCUCGGUACCUUCAUAAUCACGGAUUCGGCGGCAGAUAACACUGGAGCCCUAGUCAGUGCGCCGGCUACUAACGGAAGUUUCGCUUCGAUCGUGCUCGAAAAUGUGCAGGUUGACGAACAGUCGGUUUCGUCGACCGUCACGGUUGGUGGUGAUGUGGUCUUAAAAGGCAGUGUAAAGAAGGGCGAAGCUUGGGUUCUGGGAGAUGCAUACACGUCGGAUAAGUCAACUGACGGAGUAUUUCAAAAAGGAGUGACCCUCGCUACAGCACGAUCCAGGUCUCUCGUUGAUAGUUCCGGAAGUUUCUAUCGUUUAACCCCACCGACAUAUGAAGAAUAUGGAAUAGAGCAGAUCGUCAACGUAAAGGAGGUGCCUUUGUACUCCGUAGCCGGAGACGGCAAGGCCGAUGACACUGCGAGCCUUCAAGCCAUCAUUAACAAGUACGCCGGGUGCAAGGUACUAUUUUUCCCGUACGGUAUCUACUUGGUGACAGAUACGCUAGUCUUUCCUCCAGGAAGCCGAGUUUUCGGUGAGGCAUGGUCGACCAUCUCAGCAACGGGUAGCAAAUUCAUUAACCCUAGCGCUCCUAUACCGAUGAUCAAGGUUGGUGAACCUGGAGACACCGGUGUAGCCCAAUUUAGCGAUAUGCUCUUUACCGUCGAGGAUAUUCUUCCAGGUUGCACGCUAUUGGAAGUUAACAUGGCCGGCGAGAAACCUGGCGAUGUUGGCUUUUGGAAUACGCAUUUCCGCGUAGGCGGCGCAGCCGACUCGCAGACCCAAAAGAAAUGUGGCCCGGGCGUGACGACGGACCCGGAUCAGUGUAAAGCAGCCUUUAUGUUGGCCCAUUUCACCGCCAGCUCAUCAGCUUAUGUCGACAAUAUGUGGGGUUGGACCGCCGAUCAUGAUUUGGACGGUGUUGACAACCCUUUGACCAACCCGCAGUACAUAUCUGUCGGCCGAGGCGUGUUGAUCGAAUCAACGAAGCCAUCCUGGUUCAUUGGUUUCGCUAGCGAGCACAAUACCCUCUAUGAAGUGAACAUCAACGGAGCCGAGAAUGUCUUCGUUGGUUUCCAACAAAGCGAGACACCUUACUGGCAAGGAGGUAACUCGUCGCUUCACGCAUCUGACCCCUGGACUCCCGUGGCACUGAAGAGUGAUCCGGAUUUCUCGUGGUGCGCCGCGGAUGAUGCUCACUGCCGCAUGUCGAUCUACCAACGUAUCUCAGACUCCAAAGACUUGAACCUGUACGCGGGCGGGUUUUGGACUUUCUUUAAUGCUAAUAAGGCGUGUGAUGCGGGCGUAAGUUGCCAGACAGAUGCCGUCCGCAUAGAUAAUAGCACGGGGGUAUCCAUCCUCGGCCUCGGUGUUAACCACGUCGGAAAUCUCGUUGUACAGGAUGGCAAACCGAUUGUUACUAGCGUCGAGAAUAAAGGUGGUUGGUUUGCUAAUGUGGCUGCGUAUUUGAUCGAUUCUUGAAACCUUGCUUUUAGUUGAUACGGGGUAGUCGUAUUUGAUAAGGCUUUUACGAUAGACAUGUUGAAUAUUUGAUAAAAAUAUAGAUACUAGAUACCCAUUAACUAGAUAUUUCGUUAUCGUUGUUAGGCUCCGGGCCGCCGAUAACAAUAUAAAUAUUUAAGGUUAGAUCUCGACGUAGGCUCUUCGUAAUCGCCUGAGUAUACUAGGUAAGGUGCAUUCCUAUAUCUGAUCUGAUGUCAAUAUACCGGACUUCAAUCCCUUCGAGUAUCUAGAUAUCUUCAGCACGUAGCUCUGAUUGCUUCUAUACGUUAAAUGGGCCUUCCUAACUGUCAAUCCCAUUCCACAAGACCGCUAGUCUGGUGGAGGGAUUGACGAAGAGACAUUUCACAAUAUUCUGUCUCUUCUUCUAUCGUGAAUGUAUCACUUUCC